CGUGGGACAGGUGAGCGUUUCAGUGGGGAACCAGAGCCAGAGAGCAGGGGACAGAGCCCAGAGACCGCCAGACACAAACAACCACAGCCAGACGGAUGGACAGCUCCCAUCCACACACACACACCUCCCCAAGCAAGUGGCGCUUGGCAGUGCCGGCAGAGCUGGGGACAGGCGGCUGCUGAGCCUUCCGAGCCGGACUGCCAGGUGGCCCCCCGCAGAGGCGCGGAGGGGCGGGCUGCAGGCAAAGAGGGUCCCGGAGGCGGUGGCUGGUCCCCCCCCCAGCAGAGGGCGCCCCGGGUCGCCCCCAGCCCCGGGCCAGCUGCCCCCACCCCCCCGGGCUAUUUAUACCGGCGCGGGCAAUCGGACACCGGGCGGGCGGCUGGCUGCGGCGUCGGUGGCCGUCCUCUGCGCGCUCCCCGGCCGAGCCGCCAGCCCCCGGGGGCCAUGGAGGCCGAGCCCUGCGGCUGCUGCGAGCGCCUGGUGCUCAACGUAGCUGGGCUGCGCUUUGAGACGCGCGCUCGGACCCUGGGCCGCUACCCGGACACGCUGCUGGGCGAUCCCGGGCGCCGGCGCGCCUUCUACGACCCGACCCGCGGCGAGUUCUUUCUGGACCGCCACCGGCCCAGCUUCGACGCCAUCCUGCACUACUACCAGUCCGGGGGCCGGCUGCGGCGGCCGGCGCACGUGCCCCUGGACGUCUUCCUGGACGAGGUGGCCUUCUACGAGUUGGGUGCUGACGCCCUGGCCAAGCUGCGGGAGGACGAGGGCUUCGCGGCCGAACCCGAGCGCCAGCUGCCCCGGCGGCCGUUCGCGCGCCAGCUCUGGCUGCUCUUCGAGUUCCCGGAGAGCUCAGCAGCCGCCCGGGUCGUGGCCGUCGUGUCUGUGCUUGUCAUCCUCGUGUCCAUCGUGGUCUUCUGCCUGGAGACCCUGCCCGACUUCCGGGAUGAGCGAGAUAGCUCGCCGGGGGCUGCCCCGGGGCCGCUCCUGCCAAUUCGGCCCAAUGGCUCCCAGCCAGUGCCUCCUCCACCGCCGAGGACCCCAUUUGACGACCCUUUCUUCCUGGUUGAGACAUUGUGCAUCUGCUGGUUCUCCUUCGAGUUCCUGGUGCGCCUGGGUGCCAGUCCAAGCAAGGCAGACUUCUUCAAGAAUGUCAUGAACCUUAUUGACUUCGUGGCCAUCCUACCCUACUUUGUGGCCCUGGGCACCGAGCUGGCCCGGCAGCGAGGCGUGGGGCAGCCCGCCAUGUCCCUGGCCAUUCUGCGGGUCAUCCGCCUGGUGCGAGUCUUUCGCAUCUUCAAGCUCUCCCGCCACUCCAAAGGCUUGCAGAUCCUGGGCCAGACACUGAGGGCAUCGAUGCGAGAGCUGGGCCUGCUCAUUUUCUUCCUCUUCAUUGGGGUGGUCCUCUUCUCUAGCGCUGUUUACUUUGCUGAGGUCGAUGGGCCCCCUGAUUCUGGUUUCACCAGCAUCCCUGCUUCCUUCUGGUGGGCCGUGGUGACUAUGACAACCGUGGGCUAUGGGGAUAUGGCGCCUGCCACAAUGGGUGGCAAGAUAGUGGGCUCCCUCUGUGCCAUUGCGGGCGUCCUCACCAUCUCCCUGCCUGUACCUGUCAUCGUCUCCAACUUCAGCUAUUUCUACCACCGGGAAACAGAAGGAGAAGACAUGGGCCGAUACCGGCAUGUGGCCACACAGCCCUGCUGCCCUCCCGAGGCCCCCGAGGGCAAGGCUAAUGGGCUAGUUGGGGGUAGUGGGAAGCACUUGGUCACAGAGGUAUAAGGGAGCCAGUCUGGGGUGGGCGUGGGGGGGAGGAAAUCAGAGUGGAGGGAAGAAAGGAAUGCAAAGAUACAGUAAGUAGGGUUGGGUUGGAGCCAGGUUGAGUUAGGUGGCAUGGCAGGCUUGAGAUUCUUUCAUGUUGGCCUACAGAUUCCAGGAGCCCCAAAGGGACUUAUCUUGAGUUUCACUGGAUUCUCCCAAGUCAUGUUAGAUUCUUCUGGGUUGCAAUUAGGUCCUGCCGGGAUAUGUGAGUAUGUCAGGGGGGGCCAUACAACUGACUGAAGCAGGAGUUGUGAGGAAUGCAUUGAACCUUGAGAAGGCAGGAGAUAUUUGGGGCUGGCGAUGUGUUCAGGUCAUGUGGGUCUCUCUGGUGCUUCUGGCAUUGUGCCAUGUGUCUGGGGGCCUUGGGCUUUUUAUUUUCCUGUAUUGCAUGAGUCUUGGAGGGCCAGGAGCUCGUGGUUCUGUUGAGUUGACUGGUCUCUGCUUGGCUUUUGGUUGUCAUCUUGAAUGAGUCUCUGAGAACCUUGUAGUGACUCACAUUGGGGUGAGUCAGGUUAUCAUUCAAUUUCAGAGCUUAAGGAGACCUCAAAAAGCAUCUCAUCUAACUUGUAUCUGAGCAGAAAUUUCCUCCAUGCCAUCCCCACAAAGUGUUCAUCUAGCCUCUGUUUGAAGACUUUCAGGGAAACUCACUACCUCAAAAGGAAGCCCAUUCCACUUUUCAAUAGCUCGAAUGCCAUCUUCCCAUUACUCCUACUUCUUUCUGCCUUUGGGGGACAAACAAUGUAAGUUGAAUUCUCCUUCUUGAAAAACUCUUCAAAUAUUCUGAGACUGUCUCCAUGUCCCCCAAGUCUUCUCUUCUGCACAAGGUCCUGGUCCCUUCAGUUCAUCCUGCUAUGAUGUGAUCUCCAAUCUUCUCCCAGGCCCAGCAUCCUUGUGGACCUGACAGCAAGCCUCUUGUUAUGGUGGGAAAAGGGCAGAAAAUAGGAGGCUGGAGCCUGCCCUUAUUAAUGCAGCCCAAGAUCUAAAAUUUGGACAAGGCCCUGGCACACUGCUGACUCAUGGUCCGUCUGCAGUCACUCUAUGACCCACAAAACUCUUUCACCUAAAAAUGGCUGCUUGGGCACAUCUCCUCCAUCCUGGACCUCGAUAGCUGACUUUUUACCCCUACGUGUCCUUGUUCAUUUUGGUCUUAUUAGAUUCAACCUUCAAGGUCUUGUGAGCUCUCUAGUCUCAGUUGUUUUGUGGCUGAGCCAUCUUAUCUAGUUUUUGUAUCAUCAGAAAAUAAGCAUCCAAGUCAUUGAUUAAAAACCAAAUAGCAUGGGGCGGGGGAUGGAUCCCUGGGACGCUGUAUUGGCGAGCUAGAUCUCUUUGUCACAACUCUUUUGGCUCCGCUGGCCAUCAGUGUUCCGAGCAUCCCUGGCACUGUCCACAUCCCUCCAUCUCCUCCACCAUGACUUGGGUUGGCUUGCAAUGGUCUUGUGGCUUCAUGGGAUUUCUGGAGGGUCUCAUCCAGUGGGAAGAAGUUGAAUGUUGACUUGUGUGAGGCCUGGACAGGUUGAGUUGCUUUGGGAGGUGGUGAGGCCGUGGAGGAGCCGGGGCUGUUCUGUGGCUGCACAAAGAGCCCCUUGGGCUGAGCCGCAGGAGAACCUGGCUGCCAGGGCCAUCUUUGCCGCUCCAGUCUCUGAGCUUUCCUUCUGCGAGCCGCAGUGGCGCACACAGGGCCUUCCAGCCCCCCAGUUCCCUAUUCUUCAGUGUGGGACAUCCUGUUUUGUUGUGCUUGUGCAGCGCUGCGGGAGGCAUGGGUGUGUAAGUAGUGGAGUGCUGCUUGCCUCGGCCUCCCCCAGGCUCUGCUGGGGUCUGUGUACCAUUCCCUCGGGAUGCCGAUGGCCUUUUGGAUGACACCAGGUUGGGCUGCAGAGUUGUCCUGAGCUGCCUCUUCAAGCUGUGGCGCCCCUUUGCUUCUUCCAGCUCUGGCCCCUCUUGCCCCUAGGACUCCCUGAGGAACUCUGCCUCGGAGAGCUCUUUCCAGCCUUCUGUCCCAGAGGCUCAGACAUCUGGCCAUUGCCAAGGGCCCUCAGUGAUCCCGAGCCCAGCCAGGAGCAGCAUGGGGAGGCGGAGAGGGAAAAAAGAUGACUUAAAGGCCGAGUCAGAGAGAAGGGGGAGAGGGAGAGAGGCAGGGAGAAGCAGGCCGCGGUGCUCUUCCAAAGCUCUCUUCUCCGGGAUUGGGACAGAGCACCGGGCUGGGGGAGGGGCUCUGCUGGGCCCAGAUCUCCAACUAAACAGCUUUAGCCUUGGCCAGGAAGAGGAAGGGGGACCCAGACUGAGGGUGGGGGGGUGGGAACCACAACCUGGGGACACCCAGCCGCCUGCACCGGGCCUAAAUUUAGGGCUGGGAUGGCCCCCAGGCCAGGGUGUCCGGUGUCUGGAACCUAAAAAUAGCCGGAGGGGGAAGGGAGGAGAGGAGUCCCUGUCUGUCUGUCCCUGGAGCUGGGGGUGGGGUGGGGGAUGGGCUCUGAUGGGGGUCUCUUCCUCAUCUUUGCGUGUGUUUCUGCCUCCCCCAUCUCUAAGCCAUGGAUAUGACGGAUCUUCUCCCCACCCCCCUGACUGUGAGUCCCUGGCGGCCAGGGCCUCCCCACGCCGGCCCAGGAGCCCUUAAUAAAAGCUGGUUGAAUUG